AUGCUAGAAAACUUUGAUACGUUUAGUCGUCAGUUUUUCCUUCCACCAAAAUCGCGAGUGGAGCAGUCCAGUCAUCCGUCACAUGAAAAGGAUGAUGGAAACAACAACGAGAAGCAAAGUUUGACAGCUGAUCGCUCGAAUCAUGCAUCAGCUGAUAAGCGUCGCAGUGCAUCGUUCAAUUCAACUAACGAACGUGUAGCAAAUACGAAUGGCUCCGGAUCGAUCAUUUGGGCAAAAUCGAAGGUUGCCUGUGGUCAGUUUCUUUUCGUUACUUCUGCUCAACUUCGCCUCUUUUACCUCAGCCUUUAUUUGCUUUUCGCUCCAUUGCUAUUUAUACGCUUUGAGAUUGAGCUGUAUUUCAGUGUCCAUAAGGCUGGCGAUAGAGCUGAGCCAUCUAAUUAUCGGCCCAUAACCUGCGUCAGCACGUGCUAUAAGCUAGUUAGCAGUGUUGUGGAUAAAGCGGGGACUCGAACCGUGUACUCCAACAGCCCAUGA